UUUGAAGAAAAAUGGCUUGAAAAGUGGCCAGUGAACAAGGAGAAGCAAGCUGUGGGAAGUUAGUGUAGCAGCACCUAACCUUGCUGAACCAGACCUUCCCAAGAUGAAGCAUGGCAUGGAGUUCCUAAUUUUCCAAGACAGCACUACAACCACCGACAGUUCCGCUACCACCGACAAGCCUUCCAACCCCAUUAAGUGGAGUUACCAUGGCAAUACUGGACCGGAAUACUGGAGCUCGACCUAUCCCUUAUGCAUCGGGGAAAGACAGUCCCCCAUUGACUUCAAUAUCCCAGCCAUGGAGGAGAAAUGGAUGGAGCCGUUCUGGUUAAAAAACUAUGACACCGUCCCCACCACUAUAACUAUGAGUAACAAUGGACACUCAGUGGUGAUCAUGGUUGAAAUGCCGGGCGACUUACCUCAGUUCACAGGCGGCGGUCUCAAUGGAACCUAUUACUUCCGUCAGGCGCAUAUCCACUGGGGCAUAACAAGCGACAGUGGAUCGGAGCAUAUGAUGUCGACAAAGAGCGAAGAGGCCGAGCUCCACCUGGUGCACUACAAGGGUGACUACGGCAGCAUCGCCGCUGCCUUGGAGCAUGGUGACGGUCUGGCUGUGCUCGGGGUCAUGAUACAUCUUGGAUAUGAAGAACACCCGGUAUUCAAAUACAUCACCCCGCAGCUCAAACACAUCAUUGAGCCGAAGAUGAGCAUCAACCUGACCACUCCCUUCCCGCUGAGGCAGCUCCUGCCAGAUGACCUCUCAAUGUUCUACCGCUACAAGGGAUCCCUCACCACCCCGCCCUGCCUGGAGCGUGUUAUGUGGACCGUCUUCAAGGAUAUGAUCAUCACCAGUAGCGAAACGAUGGAGGCGUUCCGUAAGCUGAAGGACGUGAAUAUGCUUCCCUUGUCUGGGAACUUCCGCAACAUACAGAAUGAGACAACAGUCCACGAGACUUGCAUUGGUAAAGUCAAAACCAACUAAACUUACAACAAGAGGAGGUAGAGGAAGAAACGCAGGAAGAAGAAGAGGAGGAGGAGGAAGAGCAGGAAGAAGAGGAGGAGGAGGAAGAGGAGGAGGAGGAGGAGGAGGAGGAGGAGGAGGCUGGAAGAGCAGGUGUCCCCAACAAGUGUCUCAUCCAGACAUCGAUAGCACCCAACCGAUGUAUUUUAUCUACGUGUUGUUACCAUUUUUUUUUUUUUUUCAGUCUUCCUUUUUAUUACUUCUUUUCCAUAUGUGUUGUGUGUCUGUAUGAUUCACCCACACAUCUGCACUGAACUAACUUUCUAUUUCUACUUCUGUUUAUUUAUUUAUUUAUUUAUUAUUUUUUUAUUAUUAUUAUUUUAUUUUAUUUAUUUAUUUUUUUUUUUUUGUAUAUUGUGUGUGUGGUCUCAUUUUGUUUUGUUGGCGGCACUUUACGUGAAAUGCAAAAUAGAUGAUAAUUUAUUGCACUGACUAUUUAUGUAUAGGAGAAAUUAUUAGAUAAGGAAAAGGAUUAAAACCACAGCAAACAACAAACAGCAAACAGCAGCAAAUAUUCGUGGGUAUCAAUAACAACAAUAAUAAGAUGAAUAAACUGCUUGGGCCCUCGUUUCGUUGGCAGUUGCUUGGUACUGUUUUGAUUAUUAUUGACUUAACAUGUGCCUGGUUAGCUAUUUGUUAUUCAGUCAAAGUGUUAUAAAUGACUCCGCCGAUAACUACAGCAAAAUAAAGAGUGAUUUUGAGUGUUAAAUAGAAAGUUAUGUUAUGGUGGUAGGCUACGCAGUAAGGAUUGAAUUAAUUGAUUAAGUCUUUGGUUCCUUCUGUUUGUCUGCACUAAUACGACUCACAAUAAAUACAUCUGAGUGAAAUG